AUGGCUCAAGAAAGAAACCCCAAGCGACAACGCUUUAGUCUAGGAGGACCAUCUGGCGACACGUCAUUUGAAGACUACCUCACCGGAAACUCCAGACAUGUUUCCUCCUCCUCGGAAGAAGACUUUGAUCAAGAAAACCAAGAUCCCCAAUUAAACCAAGAGGAAGAUGAGAACGAAGAAGAAAAAGAAGGAGAAGAAGAAGACUUUUCCAAUGAGAACCUACCCCCACGACCUACCCAUCGACCUUCCACCACUUCAGGCACUGCAACAUCAUCAUCUUCCAACCCCGUCCACAACAUCAACAAUUCAAUAAAAACCACCUCUUCCACUCUGGCGAAAAAUACAUCCUAUCACAUCCUCAUCCGCCUCCUCAUGCCAAAUACCUCUGUACCCAUAACCCGCCUCCUCCACCUCCCUGCAACCCUUCUCUUCGAGCAACUCAAUCAAGCCCUUGCAAUGGCUCUAGAUUGGUCCGGAACCCACCUCUGGAAAUUUACUCUGCAAACCCCUCCUUCAAAGCCAUUGAACAUUCACGCAACACCAGAUCCUCGUCGCGAAAUUGCGAAUAUCAGGGAUUUGCAUGCAUCACAUAAUUUGGGUCAUGUGGACAAGAGAAAGGAUUUGGAUAGUAAAAAAGUGCGCUUGUUGGAUGUUUGGGGUGCUCAUCAGAGGGAUGCGGUCAGAAAGCUCCCCAUGUUUUAUACGUAUGAUCCUUAUGGUGAUCCUUGGUUUCAUCGUGUUACGUUUCUGGGAGUUGCAGAGGAAGGGUUGAUGGCGAGUGAUAUGGGGGUUGAGUUGUUUAAAAAGGGGCAGCAGGUUUGGUGUUUUGGAGGCAGUGGGGCUCCUGUUCCUAAGGAUGUUGAUUUGGAAGAUGAGUUUCGGGAGGAGGGUGAUAGGUUGGAGUGGGAUGUUGAAAUGGUGAAUGAGGAGUUGAGGUUUAUUGAGGUUGAGCAAAGGUAA